AUGGACGACUGGCCGCGCGGGCGGCAUCCAUUGGUUACCAGGGCCCUGCAGGAAGAGGCCAAGCCUUGGAUGAAAGAGGAAGGAAUGGAAAUGCCUGCAGUUGUGCCAGCUGCCGCAUCGCGGACGCGCAGUCCGCUCGUGGGCAACAUGCUCACGACGCGCAGCUUGCCGGUGGGGCUCCUCGACGAGGCGAGGAUCCUGCCCAGCCUGCUCACCAGGCUCUCAAGCAUCAAGGAGCCCGAGUUUUCCGGAGCCAAACCUCACAUGGCUCCAUCGUUGCCAAAACCGAGACCCGGAGCUGGCAUUGACAACAUUGGCGCGGCCGCGGGAUUUGCGCAGGAUGAUGACCCGAAAGCCAUCUACCAGCGCCGAGAUGCUGUCCUGCAGACAAGGGAGAAGCGAUCCUUGGAGCAAUCGCUGCCGGCCCUCCGCCCUGGUCUCUCUGAGCCUCCGGCGACGGAGGACGCCCUUGCUUGGCUGUGGGAGUGCCUCUGCUGCUGCACCGGCAGCAGCAGGCCAAAAGCUUGA